GAGCACGCACGAACCAGAAGCCUUUGUUAUUAUUUUAGCUGACAAAACAUGAAUGAUAAUGUGUCAGGUUCUACGAGAGACACAAACCAAGAAAACAACAAAGAAGCGCCUAUGAAUAGCCUUGAAGGAAAUGAGAAAAUGGAAAAUACCCAAGAAAAGGACACAUUUUUUGGACUAGAAAAAAAAUACUUGAUUCCCAAAGGAUUUUAUUUCUUCUUCUUCUCGGCUCAAGGAUCUCUACUGCCUUAUUUAUCUUUAUUUUUGAAGCAGCUUGAACUACCAGCCAGUCAAGUUGGCAUCGUCACUGGCAUAAAACCUUACAUCGCUUUUUUCUUUAUUCCAAUAUGGAGCGCUAUCGCCGACAAAUAUCGCAUCAGUAAACCUUUGUUCAUUGUCUCGAUGCUGGCGAUCAAUCUUGGUCUUGUUGCUUACGCCUUUGUACCUGUGGAUCUUUGCGAAGAAGAUCACGUGGUGUCAAAAAAGAUCCGAGAACCGACGCAGAAUGUGACAAGUUUGAUGGAAAAACUCUCUCAGAUAGCUGAAGAUUCAUCAGAUGAGACUCCAUGGCYCCAGAGUCAAGAAGGUAUAGCUUAUCAGUACACUGGUAACACUCAUGACAGAAAAACGAUGGGGGUUUUCCUGUAUUUGCUUCUUAUAACGGUAUUCAGUUCCACUAUCUCGUGCCCAAGUCUAACAUUAGGCGACUCAGCAACUGUCCAGCAACUGAAGGAGAACAAUGAGACUCAUAAAUACGGCAAGCAAAGAUUAUGGGGAUCUAUUGGAUGGGGAUCAAUGGCGUUCUUAGUCGGCGCUGCAGUCAGUAGAACGCAUCUUUGCCCCCCUGGGAGUGCCAAGGGCAAGGACGUUAACUACUAUCCCUGUUUUGUAGCGUACGGAGUUUUCAUGUUGACGGCUCUUGGAAUUGGGUUCAAACUAAAAUUUGAUGAUCGCCCAGCAGACUUGAGUGAGAAGAGCGACGAAGAAGAAAAAGAAGCUGAGAAACAAGCUUAUGUGAAGUCAAAAACUAAAGGGAUCAUCGAAGGAAUUAGGAUCUUAAUGACACCUAGACACACCAUGUUUCUUGUGACAGUAUUUGUGGUGGGAAUCUGCAUGGGGCUCAUCAAGGUCUUUUUAUUCUGGCAUCUCAAGGAUCUAGGAGGAUCUCAGUUGCUCUUCAGUUACAUGGCAGCAAUCAACUGCAUAGCGGAAGUGACAGUUUACUUCCUGUCCUCAAAGCUUAUUUCUACAAUGGGCCAUAUUCGCGUUCUGUAUCUUGGUCUCUUUUGCUACUCCGUGCGACUUUUUUUCUACGCCUUCAUCACCAGGCCUUGGUAUAUUUUACCAAUAGAACUGCUUUCUGGAAUUACUACUGCAGGUGUGUGGGCAUCUCUUAUGUCCUACGUUGGGAUACACUCGCUGGAAGGCGUUACUGUCACGCUACAAGGCAUUCUUCACAGCGUUCACUGGGGACUGGGUCACGGCUGUGGUGAGUUCAUUGGUGGUUUUUUCAUCAGCGCGUUCGGCGCCUCUACAACAUUUACCUUGUUUGGCAUCGUCAGUCUUCUAGAUCUACUUGCAUAUUACUUGGUCGAUACGUUCGCACCAAAAGAGAGAGGUUAUAAAGAGAUACACUCUGACGUUGAACCUGAUUACUAGAGCCAAUGAGAUUGCRUAUUGUGACGUCAUCCAUCGCUACAUAAUGACGUAAUAAAGAUGAUAUCUACGCACCAAAAGAAAAUGGUUAGAAAGCCUUUGAUGCUAAUUACUAGAGCCAAUGAGAUUGCAUAUUGUGA